AAUUGAAAUUGAUUUCCAGCAAAAACUCUAUCUAGUCUAGUCUUUGAUUGCUCACCUAAAAGUAAAACCCUUCUUCCCUUUUAUUAAUUCACCUGACUGACUUCACUUACCUGCUUCCGUCUUCUUCUUCUGUUUUGCUGCUCAUUCACUCACUCAGGUGGCCUGCCCUUGCUGUUUCAACUUAACCAUGAUCAAAAGGUCAUCAAGUAGGAACCAAAGGUCCAAAGGCAUCAAGGUCAAGCAUGUUCUGCAGAUUAUUCUGUUGCUUGGUGUUUGCUUCUGGUUGAUCUAUCAGGUUAAGCGCUCUCAUGAUAAGAAGAAGGAAUUUGAUCAGACUGAUGCCAAAGGGUCAGUUGUAACUCAGAAUGCCUAUCAGACUCCAAAAAUUCACGCUAGAAAAUUUCUUCCGGAUGAGGACAAAGUAAAUCAAGAUGAAAAGCACAGGGAAGAAGAGGAAGAUGAGACUAUUGUAGAGGAUGAAGAUAAGCUUGAACAUGAAGAAGAAAGAAAUGAUCAUGAGAGUGAACAAAAACCUGGACUCAGAGGAGCAGGAGAAGACCAAGCGGAAGAUGAAAACAAAAGCGAAGAGACGGAAGACGAAAGAGGGGCCGGAGAUGAUGAGAUAGAUGAAAAUGAUCAAGACAAACCAGAUGUGGAUGCUGACCGUGAUGACGAGUUCAUGGAGGAAGACAAAGAAGGGGAUGACGAGAAGGAGGGGAGUGAAGACAGUGAAGAUGAAGGAAAGGAGGCUUCACUUGAAAACCACAACAGUCAUGAGGCUCGGGAGGAAAAUUACAAGGGAGAUGAUGCUUCAAGUGCUGUCACUCAUGAUACUCAUACAACUACUGCCGAAACUGAGACAGCUACCCUUGAAAAUUCUGAUGCAAUUGUAAACUCUGAAAUGAGUAUCACAAAAUCAGAAAACAAGCCUAAUUAUACAGAGGACAGUAACAGGAAUCAACCUGGUUCAGAUUUUAAGAUUACAGAAGUUAAACUGACAGAUGAGACUUCUUCCAAUGCAACUUCUGUUAAAGAAACUGGAGACGCCAGUGUCUCCAACCCAGUGGAUAGCUCAAAUUUGAAUAAUAUUUCCAUGACAUCCUCUGGUAAUCACUCAGAAGCAAGCGGUAAUUUGACAGUUGUGAUUCCUGGAGCCAGCAAUAACAUGACCGUAACCAACACUUCAUCUGAACACAAUAAAGUAGAAAUGUUUUCUGAAUCAAGCCUGGCUCAGAAUGGAACUGUGAACAUAACAGUCACUGAGGAUGCAAAAAAUGUGCAGACAGAGGGAUUCGAGCAGGUUGGAAAUAGCAUCUCUGAAGAAAACCGUCCAAUUUCUAACUCAACAGUCCCUGUCAAAACAGAAAACGGAGCUGCAUCUGGAGCUGAUUCUUCUAAUGUAGAGGGUGGUGACAUAGAUAAGGCAACCAGAUUUGUAGCGUAUAAUGAGACGGAGAACAAGGGUAACUCUGAAAUGAGUGAAAUAAGUAAGACUCAGAAUAAUUCUUAUGUGAAGGAGAACACCGGUGCCACUAAGGACGAGGAGUUCAACUUCAAGGGCACCACGCAAAUAUCAGACUCAUCCUCUGCGAAUGGAACUUUUGAUUCAGUUGAACAUCAUGUCACUGAUUCUCUCAUCCUGAAGGAAGUGACAGAGGUCCGAACUGAUCCUGAUAGGUUGCCAGAUAUUAGAAAUGUAGGAGAUAAUGGUGAUGCAGCUGCAACAACCUAAACUUGUGAUGGUGUUGUGUUCUAGGGAAGAGCUGGUAGAGUUUUUCUUCUGAUGCAUGUACUUGUCGCUUGACCUAAACAAAAAAGUAGUCAAGGCAAGAAUGUCCAAGGUACAAAUGUAGGCUAGUUAUAUUCAUACCAAUGUAUGGUUACGUAUAAUUAAUCUCUCUUCCACUA